UCAUUGCUAACCCUUCAAUUUCGCGAUUCGCGCGCAACGAUCCUAGAAACCAUCCAAGAUCCAGGCGCUGACAAAUACUCAGCUGAACUGACAUUGGACCAGUGACAGCGGGAAAACCUAACCAAUAUUGUUUAACUUUUUGAAACAUGUUUUUCUAUUUAUAAUCAAGAUAUACCUUCGGUAAGGUAGUGCAAAUCCCGAAAAUGGCAUCGAAAUUCAAGAAAUUCGCUGUUAUCUGCGCUACAGGGGCAAUAGGUGCUGGAAUUACCACUUAUUUUUUUAUGGACGAUGAUUUCGAUAGAAGAUGGAACACAGUCUAUGCCCAACAAAUUGCUCUUCCUAGAUCUAAGAAGCCAUUGCCAAGUAGAGAUGAAUUAUUAAAAUCCUUAAAAUCAGAAAGUUUUGAUGUUUUGGUCAUAGGAGGUGGAGCUACAGGGGUUGGCUGUGCCCUUGAUGCUACCACCAGAGGAUUAAAAACAGCCCUUGUUGAAGCAGAUGAUUUCGCCUCUGGAACAUCUAGUCGUAGCACAAAACUAAUUCAUGGUGGAGUACGGUACUUACAGAAGGCCAUAAUGCAGUUUGAUAUUGAACAGUAUAAAAUGGUGAAAGAAGCACUUAGGGAAAGAGCUUUAAUGCUGCAGUCUGCACCUCAUCUAGCUCAUCCUCUACCUAUAAUGCUUCCAGUCUACAAAUGGUGGCAAGUCCCUUAUUAUUGGGUUGGCAUUAAAUGCUAUGAUUUGGUGGCUGGUUUAAAGAAUGUAAAAAGUUCAUACCUCUUAUCAAAGAAAAGUGCUUUAGAAUUAUUCCCAAUGUUGAGAGGUGAUGCUCUCUGUGGAGCAUUAGUUUAUUAUGAUGGUCAACAAGAUGAUGCAAGAAUGAACUUAGCUAUAGCCUUAACAGCUAUCAGACAUGGUGCAACGGUAACAAAUCAUGUAUCUGUGACUAAACUGCUUAAGAAGCAAGAAGGUAACAAAGAAGUGGUCUGUGGAGUAAGUGUUAAGGAUGAAAUGACAGGAGAAUGUUGGGAUAUUCCAGCAAAAUGUGUUAUAAAUGCUACCGGACCAUUUACAGAUUUCAUAAGGAAAAUGGAUGAUCCUAAAGUACCUGAAAUUUGUGCUCCCAGCAGUGGAGUUCAUAUCACUCUUCCAGGUUACUACAGUCCAGAACAAAUGGGAUUGUUAGAUCCGUCAACAAGUGAUGGUAGGGUAAUUUUCUUCUUACCAUGGCAAAAACAGACCAUAGCAGGAACAACUGAUUUACCUUGUGAAGUAACACGAAACCCCAGUCCAACGGAAGAUGAAAUUACUUUCAUUUUAGAAGAAGUUAAAAAUUACUUAAAUCCUGAUGUUGAAGUGAGAAGAGGUGAUGUUCUAUCUGCUUGGAGUGGUAUUCGUCCCUUAGUUUCUGAUCCAAACAAGGCAGAUACGCAGUCAAUCGCUAGAAAUCAUAUAAUCCACGUUAGUAAAUCUAACUUGGUUACUAUAGCUGGAGGAAAGUGGACCACAUAUAGAUCAAUGGCGGAAGAAACCAUUGAUGCUGCAAUUAAGGCAUGCGAAUUAAAACCAAAGAAACCACACAGUCAAACAAGUGGAGUUCUUAUGGAAGGUGCACACGAAUGGACACCAACAAUGUAUAUUAGACUAGUACAAGAUUUCGGAUUAGAAUGUGAGGUCGCCCAACAUCUAUCAAAUUCAUAUGGAGACCGAGCUUUCUCUGUUGCAAAAUUAGCAGCCUUAACAGGUCAACGUUGGCCAAUUAUCGGUAAGAAAUUGCAUCCCGAAUUCCCUUACAUUGACGCUGAAAUAAGGUAUGGUGUGAGAGAAUAUGCCUUGACUGCUAUCGAUAUGAUUGCAAGAAGGCUCAGAUUGGCCUUUUUGAACGUUCAAGCUGCACAGGAAGCUUUGCCUCAGAUUAUCAACAUCAUGGGUGAAGAACUCAAUUGGUCCGAAGCUGAGAAGAAAAAGCAAACUACAGCAGCCACUGAUUUCUUGUCAAAUGAAAUGGGACAGAAUGUGAAUCGUGCCAGUAGGGACAAAAUUCCAAUCAAUUUGAGCAAAGAAGAGAUUCAGCUUUACAUUAAGCGAUUCCAAAUUAUCGAUAAAGACCACAAGGGCUAUGUAUCGAUAAAUGAUAUUCGAAGAAGUCUAAAGUCAUUAGGAAUCAAAUUGACAGAGGAAGAAAUCCAUUCUUUAUUGAGUGAUAUCCAACUCAUGCAUAACGGGCAACUGGAGCUAGCCGAUUAUUUACAGAUGAUGUCAGCUAUCAAGUCCGGACAUGUGACUUACUCGAGGUUUGCAAGAAUGGCUGAAUUAGAAGAAGCAGAACAUGAAAGACAGAAAUUGAAGAAGAAGAUAUCUGUUGAGCGUAGUGGAGGUGGGCUCUAAAAAAAUAUCUACACGAAUUCGUUAAUUGUAUAUAGAAAAUUUCUGUUGUAUAUUUAUAUUUAUUGUUACUUAUAAAUUUAAUUUUCAUCUAUAUUACAAAAGCUUAACAAAAAAGAAUGAUGGAACAGCGCCUUUCAAAAAUCCAAAUCCCUCAGGGAACAAGAAAUUAAAAUGCCAAAAUAAAGAAUUGCAAUUCCAUCGAAUUAAUUAAAUUGAUUCAAGUGCUAAUGCCUCUCAAAAUAUGUUGAAUAGGUAUUAUGAAUGGAAUGAAGUAAAACCAGUUUCAAUCGAAAUGACCUUUUAUAUAUACAUAUACAAAAAUUUUAUCUUUAUAUCUUCUGUAUCAAGGAGUGGACAAUUAACACUUUUCCUAAAGUAUGUUACAGAGUUGUUAUAAUUAAAUGAUAAAAAUGGA